AUGACGGAAAAAUCAUCUAGCUCUGUCCAGGAGGAUGAUGUCUUCGCACACCUGGAACGAUCAAAAUUGAUGUUCGCUGAAACACUUGCAAAUGGCACAGUUCCCAUCGAAAAAGAACUUGAAGUGAGAAGUUCACUAAUUGAACCACUUUUUCAAGUCGGGGUGGCAUUCUCCAAUGAAGAAGCCAUAAAAGACGCCAUCCAGCACAUUGACGCCAUCUUGCGAAAGCUUCCAAACGACUCUCAUACCCGCCCAAAGUAUCUCAACGAGCUCUCGAAAGCGAAGUUUGAACUCUUCCAACAGCUUGACUCUGGUCAUUCGCUAGACCUCGCUGUACUCUACGGUCGUCAAGCUAAGGAAUUAGCUGUGACGUCUAAUCUUAGCCAGCUCGAGCCAGAUACAUACAUUCAAAUACUGAUCAAUCUGGGACAUGUGCUUGCACAUCGAUACCAAACUAAGGGAAUCCCGAAGGAUAUUGACGAAUCUAUCGCGUGUAAGCGUGAGUUACUCGGUUUGGCCAGUAAAACAGACGAUGUCUACUUCCUAACUCUGAACAACCUUGCUUCCUCACUCAACAAACGAUACCAAGCCCGUCAAGGCGAGGAAGAUGAACAUGAAGCCCAGCAACUGCUACAGCAACUUGUAUCCUCAACCAGUCCAGGGACAAAGCUUCGUGGAGUUGCCAGCGCUCAGCUUGGUCUCAUCGCCUUUACCAAGUUCAAACGAACGGCCUCGAUUGAGGACCUGGAUGACGCUCUCGCCAAAUGCAAACUAGGAUUGGACUAUAUCUCCAAGGGUGAUGAUGGGUGGUUAGAAAUGGUUCACCACAUGGCUUUUCUCCACGGAAAAAGAUUUGAGCUCAUCCGGAACGUGGAUGAUAUCAACUCUAUGAUACAGUACUCAUGUCUCUGGUUUGACUCCACCCCAAAUGGCAGGCUGUCACGAACUCAGGACCUACUUUCUCACAUGCGGAGAAUCGAAACGUACGCAUUCGGCAUAGCAUCCGUGGAAGCCGUUCGAAACGGCAUCAAGAUGUCUCUCGACGCAUUUUCACGAAUGCCAGAACAAUAUCCUGCCCAAGAAAAGUCCCAAUUAAUCUUCGCUCAUAUGCUGUCUUACCAAUAUAGUUUGACUCAUAAGCUAGAUGACCUUAUGGCUUUGUCAGAGUUCAGUGCCUCAAUGAUGACUGGGUACAACAAGCGAAUUGCUUCAGGCUUUGGGAAACAGGAAGUUCUGACGAGCUGGGUACAUAGCUUCAUCAGCUGGCUCCAAAAGCUCAGGGGAGCACCAGAGCACAACUCCAUGCGCAUUUUAGCCGAGGAAGAACUGAUAGGAGCUUUCAUCUCUUGUUUCGACCCUGAUAAUGGCGACUGUGGUAUCGAGGCGCUGGAAACUGUCUAUUCGCAAAACAAAAGGCGGUUACAAGUCUUGGCCGCUGCGGCAAAGGCCGAUAUCACAAUCUCCGAAGAGGAAAUUGAAAUCGAGGCGUCAAAGGUUAGGGAGAGAAGAGAACCUAGCAAUGAAGAAUUCCUCAAGAUGUUGUUUGGUCCUGCACCACCACCAUAUCAGACCGAGUUCGGGCAGCGAACCCUUGCCAUCGACCCUGAGACCAAACGUAUCACAUUCGACUUCAGCAAUAUGAUAAAGGAUGUUAUGGGAUACGAACUCGGUCCCGUGUCCCCUGAUGAGUUCGUGGCCAGAGAAGAGCGUAUUGACAGAGAGUCUUUAGAAAAGGGUCGAGCGGAAGGGAAGCACCCCAAUACUAGACUGUGCCAUUGGUGUCGAACCCUGACAAAGCCAUUACAGCCAUCAGAUCGUGGUUUCGAGUUGACCUCCAGCAGGUGUCUGAUACCACACCUGGGAGAUUGGAAGAUGGUGCUCUAUUGCAGGGGCAAAUGUGCCAUCUGUAGCCUGGCCGCCUCGAUGUUCACCACCGACAAGGGAGAGCUCCACCCAAACCUUGCAUUGAUUGAUGAGGAAGCAAGAGGAAUUCCGAUUAUGUCAGGAAAGCUCUCGAACAAUGAGUCUAUCCUCAGAAUCGACUUUGGAACCGCCUAUGCUGGAGAACUACGAAUCCUUAGACAAGAUACCAUUCGCCAAACUCUCCGGCAAGGAUGGCAGAUAGCCGCCACCACAUUACUUGAUAGUUUGAUGCAAGACCCGACGGCAUCAAUUUAUAACACUGCCGAGCAAACGGUGAAUCUUGAGCUUAUAAAAAGGUGGCUCGGCGAUUGCGAUCACAACCAUGGGCCCAGAUGCAACCAUCCUCGACCUGGAAAGCGAAUAUCAAACGAGAUACCAUUGAAUUUUAUUGAUGUCAAGCAACAAUGCCUUGUGCGCGGCACCUCAAACGACAAGUACUUUGCCCUUAGUUAUACCUGGGGGCGAGUCGACAUGUGCAUGACGUUGCAAGAUAAUUGUCAGUCGCGGGAGGUUCCUGGGGCAUUAUCCAUCGUGCCCUUUCCAAAAAGUAUCAGGGACGCAAUUACAUUUGUCGCCUCACUUGGCUAUCAAUUCCUGUGGAUUGAUGCCGUGUGCAUCAUACAGGACGAUCCUGCAAGCAAGGGGGAAAAUAUCCCAAACAUGGAUAUUAUCUACGGAAGAGCAUUUGCAACAGUUGUUGCUCUUUUUGGCAGUGACGCGGAUGCUGGACUACCUGGAGUUUCUCCGGGGACCCGAGUGCCGCAGAGAGUUGAAAGCCUUCCCAUCACCCGCGGUAGCUGGGAUCUUGAGCAUGACGCAUCACAAGAUUCCGAGACUGUCUACGUCGUCAAAACCCCAAGGCCGUUCUACCUCGCGUUGCAAACGGCCAACUGGAACACAAGGGGUUGGAUUAUGCAAGAGCGUCUCUUGUCACGCAGAUGCAUCUACUUUGGUCCCGAGGCUGUUUACUUCCAGUGCGGCCAAAAGACCUUUGCGGAAGGUGGCCUGAAUGAAGAGUUCGAGACCUAUAUGUUUUCGGCCCCAAUGGAGGACCGCCAUUUGCUAAACAAAGCGAACCACAAUAACCCCAUUGAGGACUUGACUCACCUGCACGACCUUGACUCGGGUUCUCAACUCUGGGAGGCUUUCAAAACUUACACACAGCUUGUACGCGACUACAGCAAGCGAGAGUUUACCUUCAAAGGCGAUGUGUUGAAUGGUUUCGGCGGGAUCUUCGCGGUACUCGAUGACGAGCAUUUCCAAGGGUCAAUCGCUAGCAGGACGAUGAGUGGAAUCCCAACGGCCAUUUUCGUGCACGCUCUGCUCUGGACCCCAGCCGCUAAGAUACCCCGAAGAGGCGAAAGGUUUGCAACUCAGAAGGAUAUCAAUAUGGUUGCGACGCAGGAAGAUAUCGAUAUGGGAAAGCCAGAUCCGCGGUUUCCCAGUUGGUCAUGGGCGGGGUGGGAUGGACCAGUCGACUACACGUUAUUUGCGUGGGCUGCUGAAAAAGCUGACCGUCCUUUGCCACUCAUAAAUAGCUUCUACAAGGGCAGUAUCGAGAUCCUCGCUGAUAAAUGGGAGGAAGCUGGCCGCCUUAUGGCUAAGCACGAUGAGUCAAAAAGCCCCGGGCCUUCUCAGACCGCAGGAGAAGAUACUGCAAAGAAAGAAAGCAAGGCCGAUACCAUCGUUGGUGCAACCAGCUCCCCGAUCGCACCUGAUGUUAUUCAGAAGCAAAAUAUCUCUGACGGCAACUUGGAAGACCAGACCUCCAAGAAAGUAGACAAGGGAAAAGGAAAGGCUAUAGAAGCCCCUCCAAGGAAGGGCCAUGUUUGGCUCGAUCCUGACUCCCACAAACUAUGGCUUUGGAUUGAUUCUUUGGGGCCCAAGAAGAGGGAUCUCGCCGCUCUGGACAAUAUGCUGAGAAUGUCAGGACCAGUUGUCUCUCUAAACGCUUUCAAAAUCGCACCGAACAAACAGUAUCUCAGCGUUGCAAGCCAAGUCCACUCAAAAAGGCGACAAAGCGUGCGCCGAAUUCUCAACUCUAACAACAAUCAUUGCGGGUUAUACUGGGAACAGGGCGGUUACGAGUGGUUAGGGAACGACAUCUAUCCAGAUGCCGAGAAGGAAAUGAUCAUGCUCGGCGUUUCUGAAUAUGGAGCUUGCUACAGGCCUAGAGAAGGGCCCAAGUGUGUUGAGGGUUUUAUACCGAUAUUUGAUAAGCAGAUUUUCCCUGAAAUAGGGUCAGAAAGCGGGUUGGUGAACGUGCUGGUUGUUAAUCAGAAUACAGGUUUUUCGGAUUCUGUUGGCGAGAGAAUUUCAGUUGCUAUUAUUCAUAAGCUGGCGUGGGAAGCCGCAGGACCUAAAGAAAAAGAGGUCAAGAUAGUUUAG